AUGGAGAAGACGGCCAACCCAGACAGGCAGAUACGGUGCAUCCGCGACGAGAAGGCGGCGGAGGCCGUGGAGCAUAGCCUUACGGAUGUGCAAGCAGUGGAGUUCAGGCACAUCCGGACCCAUCACAUGGAUGUGUUCCGUCUCGAGCUUGGCCGGGACUUGCCGGUGAAUGUGGCAUCGUUGAUGGCACGGCUAAAGAAAGACGCGGUUCUUGUGAAGACGUCACUGCGGCGGUACCCGCCUGUCCACGUGGAUUUCCUCAAGAAGCAUGUGGAAGAAGUUCGUAGAGAGGCCAUGCUUAUCCGAACAAUCGCGCAACCUGGGCGAUUGCGCCGAGAAUCGUCCCCAAGAAGGAGCCCGGUGAAUACCGUAUGA